AUGGCGCGGCCGAUCGGUGCCCGCGUGGUGCUCCGGCUUGUCGUGGUUGCGUUGCUCGUCGUGCUGCCUGGGCACGUGGCGCCGGACCUGGCGGGGGACCGCGCGGCGCUGCUCGCGCUGAGGGACGCUCUGGACCCGGGGCAACGCCUCCCGUGGGACCCCUCGGCGCCGACGCCGUGCGGCGGACAGUGGCGCGGCGUCGUGUGCUCAACCUCCGUCUCCGGUGCUCGCGUCGUGGAGCUGCGGUUGCCCGCCAAGGGGCUGAUUGGGACGAUACCGGUGGGCACGGUGGGGAACCUCACCGCACUCCGGAAGCUGUCACUCCGGUUCAACGCCAUCUCCGGCGGGAUACCCGCGGACGUUGGCGGCUGCGCCGAGCUCCGGGUCCUGUCCCUGAGGAGCAAUCGGCUAACCGGCGCCGUGCCGGAGGGUUUCUUCUCGCUGGCGCUUCUCAACAAGGUUGACCUCGCCGGGAACCACCUCACCGGCGGCGUGUCGCUGGAGUUCAACAGCCUCACACAGCUGGACACGCUUAACCUCGAGGAAAACAACCUUGGCGGCACGCUACCGGCGGGGCUUAACCUUCCGAACCUUGCGCAGUUCAACGUGUCGUUCAAUGCGCAGCUCACUGGCCCCGUGCCUGCAUCGCUCGCCAGGAUGCCGGCGAGCGCCUUUUUCGGCACGGGGCUCUGCGGCGCCCCUCUCGCCUCGUGCGCCAACUCCACGCCGCCGGCGCCACCGCCGUCAUCGCCUGGGGGUGGCAGCAAAAGCGGGAAGCUAUCCCGUUGGGCAAUCGUCGGAAUCAUCGUCGGCGCCGUGUUCAUAAUCCUGCUCGUCAUGGGGUUCUUCGUCUGCUUGCGCCGACGUCGGGCGGCGGCCGGUAGGCCUGCGGGGGCUGCGGCCGACGUGCACGAGGGUACCGCGCCUAUAACGGUGACCGUGGUGAGGACGGACAGGGACGCGGUGAGGCAGUCGCACUCACCGCCUCUCGCGCCGGCGAUGAUCAGCGACGGCAAGAAGCUGGUGUUCCUGGGGAGCGCGCCGGAGAGGCCCUACGACCUGGAGACGCUGCUGCAGGCGUCGGCCGAGGUGCUUGGCAAGGGCGCCUUCGGCACGACGUACCGCGCCACGAUCGAUGGCGGCGACCCCGUCCUCGUCGUCAAGAAGCUCCGCGAGGUGCACCUCUCCGAGAACGAGUUCCGAGACAAGGCGGCUGCGCUCGGCGCCCUCCACCACGACAACCUGGCCCGCCUGCGCGCCUACUUUUACAGCAAGGAGGAGAAGUUCCUCGUCUACGACUUCGUCGGCGCCGGCAGCCUAUCCGCCCUGCUCCACAACAAUGGCGUGGAGGGCCGCGCGCGGCUGGACUUCACUGCGCGCGCUCGCAUCUCGCUGGCGGCGGCGCGCGGAGUGGCGUUCAUCCACCGCGGAGGGGCCAAGUCGUCGCACGGCAACAUCAAGUCUUCCAACGUCGUAAUCACUGCCACACGCGACGGCGCCUACGUCGCCGACUACGGCAUCGCGCAGUUCGUGGGCGCCGCGGCGCUGCCGAGGCGGGGCGCGGGGUACCGCGCCCCGGAGGUGACCGACGCGCGAACAGUGCCACAGAGCGCCGACGUGUACAGCUUCGGCGUGGUCGUUCUGGAGUUGCUCAGCGGGCGCGCUCCGGCCCACGCGCUGCCGGACAGCGCCGCCGGCGUGGACCUGCCGCGGUGGGUGCGGUCGGUGGUGCAGGAGGAGUGGACGUCCGAGGUGUUCGACUCCGCCAUCGCCAACGAGCCGCGCGUCGAGGAGGAGAUGAUGCGGCUGCUGCAGCUCGGCAUGGAGUGCACCGAGCAGCGUCCUGACAAGCGGCCGUCGAUGGCCGAGGUGGAGGUGAGGAUCGAGCGCAUCGUCGAGGACGCGUGCCGGAAAGCCGAUUUCAGCAGCACGGACGGCAGCCGGAGCGUGUCGGCGUGA